UCCUACCGCGUCUCUAUGGUAAGUGCCGGCCUCGGAGGCAGCCGGGGCGCUGGUGGCUCAGGCGAGGAAAAGUCAAGAGUUCCAACUUUCCUUUCGGCCUGACAGGCUUUUGGCGCGGAGCGUCGCCAUGUCAGAGAAGAAGCAGCCGGUAGAUUUGGGUCUCCUGGAGGAAGACGACGAGUUCGAGGAGUUCCCUGCCGAAGACUGGGCUGGUUUAGAUGAAGAUGAAGAUGCACAUGUCUGGGAGGAUAAUUGGGAUGAUGACAAUGUAGAGGAUGAUUUCUCCAAUCAGUUACGAGCUGAACUAGAGAAACAUGGUUAUAAGAUGGAGACCUCAUAGCAUCCAGAAGAAGUAUUGAAGUAAUCUAAACUUGAACUGUUUAUUAAAUUCUAGGACAGAGAACCCAGGAUGGAACACUUAAAAAAUGUUUAUUUCAUUACCCGUUUGGAUUUAUUUUUGUUUUUGUAACAAAAAAAAUAAAUGUUUUGAUCUAA